GAGUAGAGUAUUUGCAGAGAAACAAUUCAAGCAUAAAAUGAAAAAUUGUCACAUCUAAGCCCCAACUAUAAAUAUAGAUGAGAUUGUUUACUUCUUCUUUCUUUCACAAAGUGUAAUUUAGUUUGUCAAAAGAAAAAGGGAAAACUAAAUAUGGUCUUAUAUUUUACAAGCAAUAUUGUUGAUCCUCCUGUUACCAUUUACAUGGGAAAGGAUAAAUAUGAAAACGAUGAUUUGAUUAAAUAUGGAUUUCCUGAAGAUAUUUGUGCACAUGUUUAUGUUCGACUCCAACCAGGACAAACUUGGCUUGAUAUACCACCUGAAGUUGUUAAUGAUUGUGCACAACUUGUAAAAGCCAAUAGUAUUGAAGGCAAUAAAAAGAAUGGUAUUACAGUAAUUUAUACACCUUGGGAUAAUCUCAAAAAGACACCUGGCAUGGAAACGGGACAAGUCACGUUCCAUAAUCAUAAAAAAGUAAAACGAGUCUUUGUCGAAAAACGUAUUAAUGAAAUAGUUAACAGAUUAAACAAGACAAAAGUUGAACGCUAUCCUGACUUAUUACAAGAAAAGGUACAAAGAGAAAAGAUAGACAGAUUAAAGGCGCGUCAAAGUGAAUUUGAAGAAAAAGAAAGAGCUCGUCAAUUAGCAGAAGAAAAAAGAAAAGUAGAAAAGGAAAUGAAUGAUUUAUUUGAUCCUAGUUUAAUGAAAAGUAAUUGGAGAGAAACAGAAGUGGAAGAUAUAAAUGCAGCUGAAGAAGAUUUUAUGUAA